AUGGAUAUCAUUUCGGUUUCGAAGCAUCCUGUGGGUGUGAACAUCAAUGUUUUGGUCAAUUUUGACAGCAGGUUGGGUGAUCAUUUGUUCGGUGUCGAAUGUCAGUUCGGCACUCGUGUGGCCAUCCCUCAUGAGGGUGUGCAGGGAGAAGGUCUGAUGACCCUCUACAAUGUCAAACGAUCAGGACGCAAGGUGCAAGAUGCCGAGAUGUUGACUCCAGACCCUGGCUUCCCCCCCCAAAAACAUAAGACGUUUGAUUUUCGUGAUCUUGGAUUCGUCCAUGACGUUUGUUGUGGCAUGGGGGGUUUUUCUACUGCCAUGGAUUUUCUGCAUUCGGCCUGUGGACUCCCUGGCCGCGUUGUUUCCGCCGUCGAUCUCUGUCCUCUUGCUCUGUCUGCGUACAGGUUGAAUCAUGCUGCCACAGCUGUCCUUGGAGAUAUCACUUUGAGUGAAACAAUCUUUGAAAUGCAUAUCCAGCAGUGCCUCUCUGGCGUGCAGCCUUUGCUGGUUGGAGGCUUCCCAUGCCAACCUCUCUCGAGACAAGGAGCACAAAGGCGUCAGUCGGAUAGUCGAAGUAUGGUUCUGCCUGCUCUGUUGCGAGCGGCGUACUAUCUCCAAGUUUCAGGAGUUUGCUUGGAGUGUGUGCCCGAAGCAUACACAGAUCAGGGGACUCAAGCUGUUUUGCACGAGUUUGCCAAUUUGAUGAAUUUCACUAUCCAUCAAAGGAUUGUCCACCUCCAUGACACCUGGCCCUCCAGACGUACACGGUGGUUUGCAUUGGUGAUCCCUGAGUGCUUUGGAUUUCAUUUGCAAGAGAUGCCAAAAUUGAGCCCUGCGCCAGUUGUAGGAGAUUUGAUCCCUUUUACCCAAUGGCCAACUUGGAAUGAUGCGGAAGAACAUCAACUUCGGUGGACAGAGAUGGAAUCGCAGACUUAUAAAGACCCUGCAUAUGGAAGUACUGAUAGAAGGGUUGACUUGAGCCAGCCACUUCCGACAGCAUUGCAUUCGUGGGGUAGUGCUCUAUACAAAUGCCCAUGCAAUUGCCGAGCUCAAGGUUUUCAUCCACGUACUUUGAAAGCUAAGGGUUUGCGAGGAGUGGAAAUCAUCUCGGGUCUGUGGCCUCAUGCAUCAAGACAUAUCCAUCCCAAAGAGCUUCAGUUUUUGCUUGGGUUUCCUCCUUUGCAGUGUGUUCUUUCUGAUUGCCGGGCGCAGUUGUGUUUGCUUGGAAACUCAGUGUCCCCGGUCCAGGUGAUUUGGAUUUUGUCUCAACUGUAUCAAGGCUUUCAGCUGAUGCACGACAUUGCACCAAGGGAAUGCAUUUGUCGAUAUUUGCAGGCCAUUGUUUUGCACCGUGAUGUCACCUGGCCAAGCCCAAUACCAGGUGUUAGUCAAGCCAUUUUGGAUUUCCCACAAGGCCAGGUUUCAGUUUCUUUCCAUACUGGAGAGACCAUCAGAGACUUGAUUCGAGCAGAAGCCACUUUGCAAUUGGAUCCCCGCAAAAUCAGUCUCAGCUGUCAAGGCCUGGAACUGCCAGAAUGGGCUUACGUGCAAGAACGGACGUAUCAGGUCACCUUGGAAACUUCGUUCACUGACUUCCCAGUUCAACCAGUGCCUGUCCUGAUUGAUCACCUUGGGGUUCGGAAACUGUACGUCGUCCCGGCCAGUUUUUCGAUUGCCGCUGCGCUUUCUUGGGUUGGCAUUGUCGGUUACAAGUCAGUUGUCAAUGAACACCAGGCUCAAAUUGAUAUCAAAGAUCGGGUUCAAGCUUGGAUCGUGAUUGUCGUGCAACUUGACCCUGCGGAAGUGGAAUUUGAGCUGCUCAUGAGACUUGACGGACUUGGUUUUGACUCUGUCCACAGAACUCCGGGUCUUUGUGUCACCGAAACUUGGGGUGGUACUGGUCUCUGGCAUGUGGACCAAUUGGUCAAGUCAAAUUUGUUGGUUUCCUGGGCUGGAUCGGACUUCCAAUCCCUGACUGUCUGGCUUCCUUCUUUUGCAGCUGCGGUGGUUGAGUUGUGGCCUAGUACUGCUGAAGACCAUUUGCGAGCAUGGCUCUCCGUGUCGCACACAAGUGUUUAUGCCAUUGUUCUAGAACAGUGGGGAUGGAAUUUGCUCAAGAUUUCCGUAACGCCUCAGUCUUUGAGCGUCUUGUUUUUUGAGCCCGAAAGUCAAGUGUCGGCAUCAGCAGCUUAUUUGGCCUUCAGGGCAAAGGCUGCCAGUGGCAGACAAUGGUCAUCCGAGACCUAUAUCCAGCGUGGAAAUGAGUUUGGACUUCCAGGCACAUUGGAGCGCAUUUUUGCACUGCUGGACUGUGAGUUGAAUUUGCCCAGUCAUGUUGCAUUGGCACUGCAGCAACAUCGCGUUUUGGACUUCCCAGACUGCAAUGGGGACACCGCAGCGACAUGCUCACCCACUCUGCUUUAUGGACUUUCUUCGGCUCAACUGCCUCACUCGGUUUCCAUGUCAGGCAAUUCAGACCUAGGCCUUGGACUUACGGCCAAGUUUCUAUUGGAUUUCUCAAGGGCUUGGACUUGCAGCCGACCUUUGGAUUUUGGGGUUGACCAGAUCAAGGUAGUGAGCAUUGGCCAUGAAGCAGGCUUGGAUUUUGUUUGUGAGACCAAACCUUUUCAGGCGACAGGUGAUCAGUUGUACAUCUUUGUUUUGAUCGACCGCCAUUGGACCUUUUUGCACUGUCAGUAUCAACAGGAUGGUUUGAGCAUUACCCAGUUCGACGGACUGGCAUGCACCAACAUUCAAAAGUUGACUCCAGUUGUGGAAGCCUUGAAGUUAGCCUGGAACGUGCAGCGGAUCACUGUCCAAACCACGUGGGAAGUUCCGCAGACCCGACAGGAUUCAUGUGGCACCAUUGCUUUAGCACAUUUUGGACUUUUGCUUGGACUCUUGACUUGGGAUCAAGCGAUGCAGUUUGAGACAUUGCAUGAGAGUCUGGCUAUCUGUGGUAGUAUGUCCAGUCUCCACAGUCCAAUUGGUUUUGGGGCUGAGGAGAAUGCUGUCAUCAGAUCUUUAGAACAGGUUCUGCCAUCACAUGGAGUACCCCCAUCCGAAGUCAAGAAUCGUGCCCAAGCAGCCAUCAAGGUUUUUGGACUUGCCGCCAUCACUCGUGCGUUACAAGCUAAGAACACAUGGAUGUCUUUGAAACAGCUUGGAAAUUCUAGGCCCAAGCCUUUCAUGUGGGUUACUCACGAAGAGCUCCAAAACCACAUCCGGGACCGUUCAAUUUCUCAAUUUGGAGUUGAAACUGAUGGAAAGAAAGGCAAACGAAGCAAAGAACCCAAGAAGUCAGCACAGGCCAUCCAGCUUGACCCUGCGAGCCUUGUCUUGCCAGCAGGAGUUUUCAUCACUAAUGAUGGAACAGCACUCCAGCAAAUCAACAUCACAGAUGUGCAAAAAAAUGCUCGAGGGAUUGCGUUCGGAUCAUACCAAGACAUCCAACCCUUUUUGGCAGAAGGAAAAUCCAUUUCCCCUGAGGGUCUUUCAGUGUUGGUUGUUGGACUCUUUCCUGAGGCUGCACCACUUGGACUUCCGACAAACUCCUUGCGUGUUCCUGCGAUCUACCGAGGCACAAAUGAGCCAAUCAUUCUCGAUGUGGUCGCAGUACAAUUGGGUGAUCAGGCAGUUUAUCGACUCACAAAUCAGAAAGCACCAGAAUUGGCCGUUUUUCCAACCAGGGUUUUUCGUUUGCAUGUUUUCAAGGACUUGUGGACUUUGUCACAUGAUUGGAACGAUAUGAUUGCACACCCGGUUCGUUCUUUGGUUCAGCAGUUCUCUGUCCUCAAGUUGUGUCGUAACCCAGAUUGUGAUUUGCUCUGCGGGGCUUUCCAUCCGUCAAUUGAGGAAUCUGGGGUUGAAUCAGGGCUCAUCGAUGUCUGGGCUUUUCGCUGGACAAAGAAUGAUGGAUCCAAGUCAAGUCCUGUCGAUGCUGAUGUCAUGUCGGUUUACAUCCGUGUCCCAGAGUCAUCGUUUGCGUACCUGCACAGCGCAUCCGGAGGGGAAGGAGUUUUUUUUGAGCCACGAUGCCAAGAUUCGCCUGGGGCAGACCCCGCUUUUGCUGUUGUCUGGGUGCCACAAUCCAGUCUGCAAGACAUCAUGCACAAAGUCAAGACAAUUGACCAUUGCCUAGCCGCAUGUCGCAUUGGAUUGAAGUAUGGGGUUAGAUGCCUGGCGAAGCACCAUGAGACAGUCCAUCAAGAACUGAGGCCACAGGUACCUUUUGUCAACUGUGUCAUUCGUGAAGUGUAUCGAUUGGAACCCUUGCCAGCUGGAACUCAACGGCAAUCGUUGUCAGAAACUUUGCAGUCCAUUCAAUGGCGCGCUAAGCCUUUGCAACCUUGCAAAGGUUCCCAGGGCCGUGCGUGGACAGUUGGUGCCGAAGCUCCGCCACCCAGCCAGUUCAUUCAGGCACAACAUGGAUGGGUCAGCAUUGCCAAGGUGAAAGACCAGUUUCAAGCUCAGCCUACUCAGCAUCUGAUCGCUACUGCAAAGACUAAGCAGCACAUUGGUACCGUUCGCUCCGCACCUGCCUCCACUCCUGCAGUCGAUCCCUGGACUUCGGGUCGUGAUCCUUGGGGGGGAUAUCAAGCAGUUUCCACGAAAGCACCUGCACCCCCUUCUCAACAUGUGCAACAAAAGAUUGACGAUGUUGAGCAACGAUUGAGUGAUCAGGUCAAGGCCACCAUUGUUCAAGAACUUCAGACCACUGACACCAGCGGCCGAGUUGAUCAAGUCGAACAGCAAAUCCAAUCCCUCAUCGAGCAUCAGACUCGUUUGGAACAAUGGGCCACUGAGGGCAAUGGACAAAUUGCCAUGUUGCAGCAAGAAAGCCAGCAGCUGCAUCAAGCCAUUGACCAGUGCCAUGCACGAAUCGGAGAACAAGGUCAAGCCCUUAGCCACGUUGUCAAUGAAGUCUCAUCAUGUUCUCAGGCACUGACCAUUCAGGGACAAGCCAUCAACAAGGUUUCCACUGAAGUUUCAUCGUUGCAGGAUGGACUUUCGAAGUCGUUGGAAUCAUACUUUGCAAAGCAGACGGAGCAGAUUGAAGCUCUGAUGGCUAAAAAGGAUCCCAGCACUCAGGUUCCUGGACCGGAGUCCUCAACUUCGGAGAUUGCCAUCUCCGACAGGAACGAUGGACUUCGGAUUCUGACGUUGGUUCUGUGUUCCCUCCUAGCGUGUGGCCUGCGGGCGGCCUACCUCGGUCUGAACCAGUGCAUUGAACUUCCCACCGCAAAAGCUGAUCGAAGUUUUUACGGCCGUGGUCAAAUGACCAAACCCAAGUUUCGAAGUUGCACUUAUGCAGUUCCAAAGCAUAGCCGACAAGGGCUGCCGGUUUCAGUGAAGGUUUUUCAACGUGGUGGUUGUCCCGACCUGUUCAGCUCCAAGGUGCCUGAAGUUUUCCCUGUUGAAAAUGUCACCCAUUGGACUUUGCAAGACCAGCCAGCUGUUGUCCGGGUCCAUCCGGAUGGCUAUCAAGUUGACUCGGAUUACGUUUUGGCCAGCAAUCAGUUUGAGCCUUUUGCCUUGCCUCCCAUCACGGCACAGGACUUUCGGCGUGCAGUCAGUUCCUUCAAAUCAAAUGCUGCCUCAGGCCCAUGUGGGUGGUCAUUACAGGACCUUAAACAUCUCACGGACGUACAAGUCUCUGCCAUUGUGGAUUUUUUUUCCGCAAUCGAAGCAGGGGCUCCAUGGCCUGCUCAGUGGUGUGUUGGCCUAAUCCACUGUCUUCAGAAGCGAGCAUCCAGCCGUACCGUUAAUGGAUUCAGACCCAUUACUGUGGCAAGUUUGUUUUAUAGGCUUUAUGCAGGCAUCCGUUCUGGCCAGAUACUUGCUCAGCUCUCCAAACGAGCAGACAAGUUUCAGUGCGGUUUUGUCCAAGGGCGCCAAGCCUCUGAUGUUUGGUAUCUUGUUGGCAUCAGCAUCGAGCUGGCCAUGCAGCAAUCCACUCCUUUGUUCGGUGCAGUUGCAGACAUAGUUAAGGCUUACAAUGCCCUGCCUCGUUGUCCGGCUUUUGACUUUCUGCGUUUGCUUGGAACUCCAGAAUGGUUUCUUCAGGUUUGGUCUCGUCAUCUCAGUUCAUUCACCAGGUAUUUCAUCGUCAACGGUGAAGCCAGUCCUGCAGUGUGUGCGUGCACGGGCUUUCCCGAAGGUUGUCCACUCUCCUGUUCCGCCAUGACGGCCAUAGACACCGUCUGGCACUGGUGGCAACAUGUCGCGGCCCCUAACCCACUCAGUCUGAGUUAUGUUGACAAUCUUGAAGUGUUAGGAGACUCCUCUCAAGCUGUUCACGCUGCUUUGCAAAGCUUGGGUUCUUUCUGUGACCAUUUGGACUUGGAAAUAGACACUGAUGCCUUGUAUGCCUGGUCGUCUUGUCCGUCAGGUCGCCGUGAACUUAAAGAUUUGGGGUAUAAAGUAAGUUUGGGAGCCAGGGAUCUAGGAGGUCAAGUCACUUACUGCAGUCAGCUACGUAACCGUGUACUCACUGACCGGAUCACUGGAAUCAAGCAGUACUACACCAAGCUCAGAUCAGCAAAGUUGCCAACCCAGGUGAAACUUCUCAACAUCAGACAGGUUCUUUGGCCCAGAGCUUUACACGGAUGUGAAUCCGUUGUGCUUGGGAACACUCACCUCAAUAACAUGCGAUCAGGGGCUAUGUUGGCUGCAAACUGGAGACGUGGCGGAGCUUCUCCGAUUGUGCGAAUUGGUCUCCUUAACACUCCAACUGAUCCGGCUUGGUAUCAGCUGUGGAAAGUUGUGCAAACCUUCAGACGCCAAUUUCACUGCAGCCCUGUUGUUGCAGAUUUCUGGAAGCUUUACCUUGAGAAUCUGAGAGGCUCGACGAACGGGCCUUUCGGCAAACUUUUGGAUCUUGUGCAUUCAGUUGGCUUGCAAUUGGACGAGGAAGGUUGCUUGUGGUUCUCCCAUCGGGGAUGUUUGGACUUGACUACUUGUUCCAAUGUCAUUUUGGAGAAGAUUCUUUUACAUUUUUUCCAUCGUGCACUGGCGGACCAGGUUCAAAACAGGUCCGGAUUUCAGGACUUGGAGGGCUUUGACUAUGACCUUACGACAUGUUGUGACAAGUUUUUUCAGCCACAUCAGGUUGAACAACUAAUGGUCGUGCGAGAUGGCAGCUUUUUCACCAACCAAUUCUGCAGUAAGUUCGAUGCUAGCAAAUCUGAGAUGUGUGUCAGUUGCAAUGUUGUUGACAGUCGUGCCCACCGAUACACAACAUGCAGCAGAUAUGAUCAGGUGCGAUCUCGGCACCAGCAGUUGUUUGAAGAAUGGCUUGUUUCCUACAUGUUUCCAGCAAUACGGUUUGGUGCCAGCCAAUCCAUGGCAGGUGCUCCUUUGGGAAGCUUUUCUUGCCUUGCCAACUGGGCCCUUUUCACUGACGGCACAUGCAGUGCACCUCAAGAUCUUGAUUUGGCACUGGCCGCCUGGGCCGUGGUUUGGGCAGAUCAUGGUACGGUAGCAUGUGGCUACCUCUCUGGACUUCAACAAACCAUUUUGCGCGCCGAAGCAACAGCAGUGUUAAGUGCACUGGGGUGGAUUGAUCAACAGGAGGGGGUUUUGCACCUAUGGAUCGAUUCCCAGACAGUGAUUGACAAUCUGCGUGACUUGCUUCGAGGCACCGGGGUUGCGUCGGACUUCGAGCACCCUGAUCUCUGGAAACAGAUAGAGGCCUUGCUUCAAACUGUGAAAGCCGAAGUUGUCCCACACAAAGUUGUCAGCCAUUUGCCGCAGUCUGAGUGCCUUAGCCCUUUGGAAGACUGGACACGAAAGUGGAAUGAAGCAGCUGACUCCCAAGCCGACUUGGCAAAUCUGACUCGGCCCAUUUUCUUCAACAAAGUUUGGGUUCGUUUCCAACAACAUAGGCAGAGCUGGAAAGCACGAGUGAGUUUGAUCACCAAGUUUCAAGUUGAAGUAGCAGCACAGGACUGUACUGAUGAGAGCGUAGAGGAAGAAUUAGAAGAACAGGGGUUCGACGUUUCACGUUUUGAUUUUGUCACUAGUUUGAACCAUGCCGAGACUUCUGUACAUUUAUCCACUUGGCUUCAGGUUUCAGGUAGUUUUCAUUGCGGUUUAGGAUCACAGGCUGAUCAGCUUUUGCUUCAGCUGUGUCAAUGGUUAGUCACAGUUGAUGCAAGUGCCUCUGAGAUGCGUUUAGUUGCCAUUGUCGAGAUUUUUGUUGCUUUCAGGCUUCAUGUUGGGGGUGCCCCUUUGUGUGUUGCCGGAGGCGAUGUUGAUAGGUAUUCUUUGGUUUCUUUUGCCCGUGACUUUUCGUAUUUUCGUAGGUUGUGGAAGCUGUUGGAAACUGGCACUGGCAUCACGUGGACUAGUGGGCAAAUAGAUCUAACACAGGUCCGAAUUUUGCCUCUGCAGAAGGCUGUCUGGUUGGGAUGGCCUCGCGAAGUCGAGUUGCCGGUCUUGCAGGCACUCGAUGAAUUUGUGGGCGCACGCCCUAUUUCCAAUUGUCAAGGUUUCUCUCGACCUUGGCGCAAUUAG